AUGAGUACUCUCAAAGUCAAGCUGCGCUUACGUGUCAUGCGACAGAAGAAGGCCGAGGAGGCAGCUCAACACAAGAUUGAGGAGCUCGAGAAGAAAGCCCAGAAGGCAGCGGCUGAGGAAGAAGGGCACCGUCAGCAUGAGCUCGCCAUGCAGAAGCUGGAGGAGCAGCUGAUGACGGUCAUGCCUUUGGUGAAGGAGGCGAACCUCAUCAUUGCAGAGCUGCAGAGGCCUCAGCGCCUGGAGACCAAGAUGCACUGCGAGCUCACGGCGGAGGGCAAGAGCGGGGCGGUGAACGUGGCCGCCGCGGUGAUGCUCAAUGGCGUGAAGCUCUUCGAGUGGAAUCCUGAGACCCUGGAGAACCGAGUCUUCAUCCUGCGGGAGCUCCUGCAGAAGGCGGAGGACGACGGCCUCGAGGCGGUGCAGGACCUGCCCAACGAAGAGGACCCACUCUGGGACCCAAUCGAGGUGGAGCGGCUCGUGGGCGUCGCACAGGUGCUGCUGGAAGGAGUCCUGCUGCAGGUGGAGAACAAGGUGGAUGCAAGGAUUCUGAGCAGCGAGGGCCAGGCUGUUGGAAGCCUGAAAGUGGAGAUCAUUCCCAUCGCGAAGGAUGGCUCCUUGGGGAUUCCAGACGAGGAGGUGGUGGAGGAUCCCGAGGAGUUGUUGGGAUCUUGCAUGAAGUUCCUGGUGUCCGUGCCGGGCGCCGUGGGGCUGCCAGAGGCUUUGGCCAACGACGUGCGGGUGGAGUACAACUACUUCAUCGAUGAGAAGCCGCACCUGCUUCCCACGGUGUCUGGGCACAACGUCAACCCAGAGUUCAAGUACAGCCACACCUUCACGCAGGACUCUGGGAUUUUGCUGCGGAGCCGUGGCCGGAUGGACUGA